AUGAUAGUGAAUAUUUAUUUUUUGUUACAGAAUGUUACAAUUGUUCAGGGACAGCCUCAUGUGGUCACUAAGUCUUCUCGUGGAUUAUUUGGUCAGCUGGGACAUGAGUUGAAUUUGUUAGGGAAAACCAUCAGUCGGGAAGUGGACUGGACUGCUGAUCAGAUCAACAAAAGUCUUGCUACUACAGCACAAGGAAAUAUUUUGAACUUGUUCCAGUCUGGCAAUGUGAUACAGCUGGUUUCCCGCAGCAGCGGUCGGAACCUGGAGAUACUGCAGGGGCCAGCAUCCCUUGUUGUUGAUGGACUGGGACAGGAUGGUGCUCCAAAUGCAACAUGGACAGUUGUGAAUGAGGGUAGUAACCAAGUAAGACUGCACAACAACAACAAUUUCCUGGCAAUAAUUAAUGGAAACACAGUUGUGAUACCAAUGCCCCCAGGCACAAUGCAUGGUAUAGAGACAAAGUUCCAGCUAAUGCAGAGAGGACAGUUUAUCCAUCUUGAGUCUUUGAAAGAGAGAGGUAGACAUAUUGGCAUUUUGCCAAAUGGACAACUGAAGGCAGCACUAGCCACUGGAAAGGAAGAUCAUUCCAUGUUUGGUGUACGACCUAUAUAUUCUCCAUAUGGUGUGGCUACAACCACAGCAGCAAAGCGUUGAGUGUCUCCAGCAUCACUUGUCUAAGCCUGAAUGAACAGUUACAAUGACAAUGAACUUCAUGUCAUCCACCUCAAUGUACCAUAUUGUAAAUAAUUACCUGCAACUCACAUUUAAGAAAGUUUUAUAUUAUUUAUGUCAUGUUGAUUACUUCUUUUAGAAUUAAGGAUGUUUUGAAAAAAGAUGGCUGUUUAAUGUGAUGAGACGCAUUUUGUGAUAAUUAAGUUGUAUUGAUAUAUAUGUUUCGUAUAUCUGUGCCUUGCCAAGUACUAUAGGAAACAUCAUGAAAUAACAUUUUAUAUUUCAACACAUUUGUUCAUCUUUCUAUAAAGGAGUAGUAGAUGAAAAAUUAAUCCUUUGAAAAAAUGUAAAAACAAUAAUAUAUUUCUCACAGUUUAUAGACAUUGUUUAAAAAGAUUAUUGACAAUGUAAAAUGACAGGAGUUUGAUGGACCAAUUUGUGAUUGCACAGUAUGUAAAAUGUUUUCACAACUUCAUGUAUAGUCUUAUAAAUCAUGGAUAUAUUUCUUGCAAAAAUAUCUGGAUUUCCCUAGAAGUGACAGAAAAUAAUUGUUAAAUGUGAACACAUAAAGGUUUUGACUUAAGCAACUGUCUGAAUACAUACCGUCUUCCUUUCAUCUUUGAUUUGAAUUAUAUUUGAACUCAAUGCCCAUACCUAACAUGCAACAUACAAUGUAUUUGUAUUGAAGAGUUUUGGAUUUAAACGCGAUGUUCUUUACCCAAAAAUGAUAUUUUUUAGAGAAAAACUGUAUACACCUAGAUACAAAUUAUAUGUAAUAGCAACCCCUUCUCUGUCUAAUUUCUCUAAAUGUAUCAGGGCCACCCAGUGUAAGCCACUUAUACAAUCCCACCUCCCUGGAGAAUUACCUUGAUCUAACAAGUACAUUUACCGAUCUGAUCAAAUGGCUGCAGUGAAUGAAUUAUGACAGUGAUGUGUCAAAAAGUAGAUUUCAAUUAAUGCGUUAGGUUGAUAACAUUGAUUAUUUUGUUAAUGAUGAAAGAAGGAAAUGUCAGCAUCUGUAUGCAAUUUAGUCUCAAGAUAGACUGCAACAUGAUUAAUAGUUUCAGUUAUAAAAACUGCAGAUCACUGCAUUCAUUCAUUUAUUUGGCAAUAUUCAUUGGUUUUAAUAGUUGUAGUUUUCUGACAUCACAUUUUUUAACAGUUUAGAUAAUGUUUAUGAAUAUUAUGAUUUAUGUAGAAUAGCAUUAUUCAAUAAAUUAUAAGUGUACUGGUAUAGUUUUGGCCCAUUUUAAACUCACAGCUUCCUGCACAACUGUCUUGUCUUGUAAAAAAAAAAAAAAAAGACAGUUUUGAUUACAAUAGACCCUAUAUGCUUUCUCAUUAUGCUUUCAACCAGGAGUAGAUUAAUUUUUGUGCAUUCCAUAUUUUACCAAAUUAAAUAUUAUAAAAAGUAAAAGGAAAAACUUCCUUUGAAACACUCUUUCUUACAGUGGUGUAUUUAAAAAAAGCAAGGGAAAUUAAAGUCUGUAAACAGAAAUGACAUCUUAAUAUUUUGUCAUCUGUAAUGUAACAUCAUGUUUUUUCCAUUAAAAACUUAUUUUGAAUAGAGUUAUAUUGCAUAAGGAAUGAAGAGCAACAAUAGAGGUACUUGCUUUUUAUCACCGCACAAAUCGUAAGUUGUGAUUAACAGCAUGCGAGACAUCUGGAAUGCCCCGGUUGCCAGAUUGGUUUUGCUGGCAUGGGUAAAAUCAUCGGAAACGCCAGUGCAGUUUUCAAGAAUGCACAAAGCAUGUUUGUAGGUCCAAGGUCAAGGUCAAAACAUUUCAAACUGGCAUCUUGGAGUAUUAAUCACCUUCAGUGAUAGCUCUAGUUUAUAGUUAAUUACCUCAACCUUUACAGUAUUUUAUCUUUGCUAAAAUCUUUUGUUUUUCUAAGCAGAAGAAACACAUAUAUAAUAAACAGUUUUACUGCAAAGUUGUGCAAGACAAUAUUUACCUUUUCUCCAUAGAAGUAUGUGCAGUUAAUCCUUAAGAAGUUAGUGAAACUACAUACAUUUUCUCCUAAGAAAAUUAUGUACACUUUCUAAGAAAAAGCACUUUCUUAUAGGACAGGUACAUAUGUUAGCUGGAUUCCUUCAAAGGGAAGAAUAAGAACACAGCUCUUGUGUUGGCACUUGUUUGACCUGCCAAAGUAAAAACUGUCAUUUUUUACUUUUUCUGUAUUGGUCGAGCUCUUAGUCCAUCAUUUUUAUGAUUUUCACAGUAGGUGUAUAUGCCAAAAUUAUUAAAACAUUGGAAGACUGUGACAUUUCAUUUAGUAAAUAGAACUUUGAUAUACUUAACCAACACAUUCCUUGUAAACUGGUUGUGUAGAAGUUUGAAGUAAUAUACAGAAUUGUGGCGCUGAACUUUGUUUAUUGUUUACUUUUGUUUGUUUAUAUUACUAGUCUGUUUUGUACUUGUGUUUAUUGCAAGGUAAAGAGCCAAUCUUUUUUACAGAUGUUAAUUAUAUUGAAAGAGAGGAUGCAGGUCAAUGUUUUUUUUUUCUUUGUAUCUCUUUAGGUUACUAACGGUGUCACUCCUAAUUGUUCUAGGAAAUCCAUUUUUUUGUAUUUUUGUACCAUGUACCAUUAUUUUAUAAGAAAUGACAAGGACAACAUUUCAGGUGUGGUUUAUGGAAAUGUUACACUGUCAAUAGAAUCGCAAACAUUUCAGUCUUUGUUAUUUGUUUAUUGAGAGGUUCUUUUUCAAAGGCUUUCUGACAUUCUGCAUUCAGUGACAGCAUACCACAGAAAUUGAAUGAUUAAAAAAAAUCUUUGUUUUUGGUAACAUGCUCAAAAAAAUUAGGGUAGGUAGGUUGGAAAAAUUCUUUUUUUUUUAAUUUUUUUUUUAUUCAAGACUUUUCAGAUAUUAUUUUUGUGUUAAAAAAUGAAUGCAAAUAAGGGGGUUAUGCCUUUAGAGCAUCAGUAAGUUGAUCUCUAAUAUCACUGGCCAGGUUUAAAACAUAAAAAGUGCAGUUUUGCAUCUUUUUGUUAAAAAAUUGAAAAUAAAAUUCUCCAAGGCCAGAAACAUUUAGGAUUGGGCCAAAAAUUAUAUUUGUGCCAUUUAGGUAUCUGAUUUCUGUUCUCAGCUUUAUCUUAAAUUAGUUUUUUUUUCAAAUCUUAACUUUAGCAUGUACUUUAAACAUAUAAACACUUUUGGAAAUAGUGACAAAGAUUUCUUAAAUCUGCUGUAGCCUUUACCUAAUAUUCCCUCUUAUUUUAUUAACGGACAACCAAAAUCACAUUUAUAGUUGUUUUUGUUUUUUCAGUACGUCAAACAAAUAUAUUCAGAAAUACCCCAUAGAAGGCUUGCUAGUUUCCCAUGUUUAUAUGAAGGCUAUAAUUUAAUUGAAAGUGAUUUUCUUACACAGCUAUAGCUAUGUAUAUACUUCAUUGUAAUGUUAUGAUAUUUUUUAUCUUUGUUGGUUAUAUAUUAUAUAAUUUCCUUACUUGUUUCAAUGAUUCUGUUAAAAUUACUUUCUUUGAAUAGAUAAAUGUUUUCUCUU